AUGUAUAGAUCUUUGUUACGAAAUGCUAGCAGGCAAUUGGCAAAUGCAACGCCGGUAGCGGUUACUACGAGAGGUUUCGCUGCUCAUGCUACCCCGCAACCAUUUGAUUGGAAAGAUCCUCUAGGUGCACAUCAUCUUUUUACCGACGAGGAAAUAGCUAUUUCAGAGACUGCGGAGCAGUAUUGUCAGGAACGGAUGCUACCUCGAGUUUUGCAGGCAUAUCGAGACGAACAUUUUGACAGAAAGAUACUCGAGGAAAUGGGAGAAUUGGGGUUGCUAGGAGCUACGAUUAAUGGAUACGAUUGUGCUGGUGUAUCGAAUGUUGCUUCGGGACUUAUUACAAAGGCGGUUGAACGAGUCGACAGUGGAUAUCGAUCCGGAAUGUCAGUACAGUCUUCGUUGGUAAUGGGUGGCAUUGACGAAUUUGGCACACAAGAACAAAAGGAGAAAUACUUGCCAAAGUUGGCGAAAGGGAAAUUGUUGGGUUGUUUUGGUUUAACAGAGCCGAACCAUGGUAGCGAUCCUGGGUCUAUGGAAACGACCGCGAAGCCACAUCCUACAAAGAAGGGAUAUCUUUCAAUAUCAGGGUCUAAAACAUGGAUUACAAACUCUCCGAUCGCAGAUGUGUUUUUGGUGUGGGCUAAGUUACAGGAGACUGGUAAGAUUAGAGGUUUUAUCAUCGAUCGAGCAGAUUGUCCAGCGGGGACCUUGGAGACACCUGCUUUGAAGGAUAAGAACGGACUUCGAGCUUCCCUCACCGGCAUGAUCCAUCUCGAUGAGUGCCCAGUACCCGAGGCAAAUAUGUUCCAAAAAGUCGAGGGUCUUCGAGGUCCAUUUACUUGUUUGAAUAGUGCAAGAUAUGGUAUUGCUUGGGGAAUGACAGGUGCACUCGAGGAUUGUAUCGAUCGAGCUAGAACAUAUGCGCUUGAGCGAAAACAAUUCAAAGGUAAUCCGCUCGCCAAGUAUCAACUCGUGCAGAAGAAGCUAGCAGAUGCCGUCUCGGAUGCGGCUUUUGGUACACUCGCCUGUGUUCAAGUUGGAAGACUCAAGGACAAGGGAGAAGCAGCACCAGAGAUGAUCAGUAUGAUAAAGAGACAGAAUUGUGAUGCUGCACUUCGAAAUGCGAGAACAUUACAAGAGAUUUUUGGUGGUAAUGCUGCGAGUGAUGAGUAUGGUAUUGGAAGGCAUGUUUCGAAUUUGUUUGUCACACAAACUUAUGAGGGACAAAGUGAUAUUCACUGUCUGAUUCUCGGAAGAGCAAUCACUGGUAUUCAAGCAUUUUGUUGA